UUCCGCAACUUACCACUACAUCGCCCAAGUUCCCACACAAACCCUAGAAAUUCAAAUUGUCAGAAAUCAAAAUGUCAGACAACAUACCACUCGAAAUCCAAGCAGAAAUCAUAAAAAGAAUUCCUGUGAAAUCGUUGCUUCAGUUCCGAUCUGUCUCUAAAGCAUGGAAGUCUCUCAUUGACAGCUCUGAUUUUAUCAACCGUUAUAGCAGUCAACAGCAACAUCUACUUGUAAGGUAUAAUCACCGACAAAUUUUUCCUUUUUCAGAGCGAAAAUAUGUUUCAAUUGUUGACGACGAAACUUUCCCCCAUCAGAGAGUUUCCCUCACUCAUCCCGCAUUUGUUAACAUGCUCCGGUCUCAUAGAAUCAUCGGCAACUCUCAUGGCUUGUUGUGUUUGUACGGUUGUUACGGUCUUGAAACGACAAUGGCUGUUGUUUGGAAUGUUUCGAUUAGAAAAGCGAUUGCUGUCGUUGUGCCGAAUGUGGCAAAUGGGGUGUAUACAACCUUUGUAGGUUUCGGGGUGUGUCCAGCAACCAAUGACCCUAAGAUUGUCAAGAUUACGGAUAUUAUUCAUUGGGAGGAUGUGGAAAGUAUACCCGAUAGUAUCCCAUGGCAAGUUGAGGUGUUUACGUUAAGCACCGGGGCAUGGAGAAGUCCAUAUAACAAUCUUCCUCGUACGUCAAUUCAAUUUGGUAGUUCGCAAGUAGUUGUUGAAGGGUUUUGUUAUUGGCUUGCGACUGAUAGGAGUAUUGUAGAUGCUGGAUUUGAGGGUUAUAAUCGGAUUAUCUCAUUUCAUCUGACAAGUGAAGAAUUUAGAGAAGUAAACCUACCUGAUCGUUUAGUAUACGACGGGUGUUUUGAUAAUUUGAACAUCGCUAAUCUAAGGGAGUCUCUUGUUGUGCUUGAACAAGAUGCGCGUGAGAAUGUUUGUUAUGUUUGGUCGAUGAAGGACGGGGUGUCAGUGUCGUUUACAAAGCUAUACACUAUUUACUCACCAAAUGCAACAUUGCUAAGAGUAUUGGAGUUUAGGAAGAAUGGUGAACCUUUAAUUGAAAUUGAAGAUAUUGAUGAUGACCGGAUUGAUAUCCCGUCUUUGCUUGCUGUUUAUAAGCCCAAAUCAAAACACAUCAGUAAUAUUGGGAUUAAUGGAGCAGGUUCAUUUUAUGUGUAUUCUUACAUGGAAACACUACUGCUGCUAGAUCAACAAGAGUUUACGAUUUUUGACAAAGGUAAAAGCUACAUUGCAAGGCGAAGAGCUGAGAUUAGAAGCCUUUUGAAGCACAUAAGCAUGGUACAAAAUAUAAACCAAUAGCUUGGAAUGACUUCUGGUAUUGAAUCGUUUUAAUAUCUUUGCUCAUUCUAUUAUCCAGUUAAAAGCGACGCGCACAUGAUAUGAAAUUGAGCUUCACAAAAUUACGUCUUGAGUUAUGAACAUAAAAUAUGAAAGAACAAAGCUCGUAUUGUUGUAAUGUUAUUGUGAUUAUUAUGUUGUGCGUUAAGUUUCUUUUUAUUGUAUUUUGUUUAAUUUUGUGAUGAUAAUAUUAUGGAUUAUGAUGAGAUUC